AUGUAUGUGUGCUUUUUCUUGCUGGAAAUUCAAUGCUGUUGUUCGAAACAGGCAAAUAAAAUUAACAACAUGGUGAUAAAAUUCACUUCAAAUGUUGUGGAUCCACCUGUGCUUCUUUAUAUGGGUGUUGAUAAAUACGAAAAUGAGGAGCUUAUUAAGUAUGGAUGGCCUGAAGACGUGUGGUUCCAUGUGGACAAAGUUUCCUCAGCUCACGUGUAUUUACGACUCCCUCCUGGCAUGACCAUCGAUACAAUCCCGCAAGAGUUGAUAGAUGACUGCUGUCAGUUGGUCAAAGCAAAUUCUAUCGAAGGCAAUAAAAUGCAUGACGUUGGCGUUGUUUAUACUAUGUGGGAAAAUUUGAAGAAAACCGGUGAUAUGGCUGUGGGACAGUGGUCUAUGCAAGUCUGCUUAUUAAUAAUUGGUACUAUGGAUCAAGCAGGAGUCGCUCCAGAUCCAAGGCUGGCGUGGUCGGUAGGCGCCACCGCUGAACUAACGAUGGAAAUCGGGAGAUUAUUAGUGGUACCCAUGAAAUCGGUUGAAAUGCUGUGGCUUUGCGACGGCCCUCCCGUUCUAUCCCUGUAG